CCACCUAGUUGUUCUUAAGCCAUCGGUGUGAGGUGUUGCUUACAAAAAUAUUAUUUUUCAAAUUGUGCUUGCAAUUAUUGACGUAGUGUAUAAUAAAAACAGUGAGUUGAAAAAUUAUAAAUUAUAUUUUUCUGAGAUUAGAAAAAUCGCCACAGAAUGGGGGCCAAAAACCAAGGGAGUAGAGGUUAUAGACGAACAGCAAAAGGUUUUUUAAGAAAAUCUGAUUUAUAUAUGCCUAUAAGACUGGCUGGGGACCUUGUAUUUUUCGCUGCUCAUGGAAUCAAUAUAAUAGUAAUGCAUUUAGCGUUACAGACCGAUAUUAUGAAGGAGAAAGAUCUUACGGAAUUUCAUUCACUACAGUGGAAAUAUAUAACUAUCUGGAAUUUGGCUUUCCAAAAUGUUUACCUUCUGAUGGCCAUCGUGUGUGAUAUUUCUUCCUUAUUUAAAAUAUUGGAAGAAAACAAAAUCAUGGAACAAAUGAAACGUUACAGGAAAACAUUCUUUUCAGGUGUUGUCUGGCCUUCAAGUAUUCUGGUGAGCACGCUAUUUUGGCCGAUAUUUCUUUACGAUCGAGAACUUGUUUUCCCAUCUUAUAUAGACAAGGUUCUUUCCACCGCUUCAAACCAUAUGAUACACUCAUUCAUAACUGUCGUGGUUGUAUGGGAGCUAAUUACUUUACCCAGAAGCAUGCCAAAGUCACACAAGUGGAACUUGAUGCAAUUAGCUGUUAUAUACGUGGCUUAUCUAGUUGUGUUUAUAACAAACUACCACAUCACAGGAUUAUGGCCAUACCCACUUUUGUAUAGUAUAUAUGGAACCAUAUAUUUCCCACUAUUUUUAUUUGCAGUAUUAAUAAUUUAUUUAAUUGCAUACUUCAUACAGUGGCCUCUUGUGAGCCUUAUACAUGGAUCUUCGAAGAAAGUGGCUGAAUGAUCCCCGAUUACCCUAUAUAUAUGUAUAAAGAGUUUGACUUC